AGGAACGCACCUGUACCCUCACCGAAUGCACCCUCAUCCUCUGCUCCAAUACGCACCAACCGCUGGGCGUGCCCCCACUGCUCUUACGUCCAGCACAACCGCCGCUCACCCGACCUCAAGCGCCAUAUCGAAACACAUACGCUUGGUGCAGAUGUGGCGAUGUGGGUGUGCUGUGGUGUAUAUGCGUUGGACGCGUUGAACCAAGGGGUGCCCGUGGAGGUGGUGCGGCAGGGGCAGAUCAUGGACUUUGAUGGGGUACCGAUGAUCGGGGGAUGCAUGAAGACGUUCAGCAGGAAGGAUGCGCUGAUCCGUCAUUUGAGGGCGCAGAAGGGCAAGUGCUUUGGGGACGCGGGGUCGAUGUACCAGCCGGGGAACCGGCUGAAGGAGGGAGAAGGCUUGGAGAGCUGA